CCGGCGUUUUGUGGGGUUGGUCACCGCUCACCUCACUUCGCAAUUUGCCGUCGCCAGAACAACAUGUUUGCUAUGAAGCCCAUUGCCACGGCCCCGACGCCGAAGGAUGACCCUGUCAAGGGAUUCUUGACCGAUUUGGCUGCCGGUGGUGUUGCCGGUGGUAUCUCCAAGACCGUCGUUGCCCCCAUCGAACGUGUCAAGCUGUUGUUGCAAGUGCAAGCCGCCUCGACCCAAAUCAAGGACCCUUACACCGGCAUCAUCAACUGCUUCACCCGUGUCGCGGCUGAACAAGGCCCGCUGUCGUUCUGGCGCGGUAACUUGGCUAACGUCAUCCGUUACUUCCCCACCCAAGCCUUGAACUUUGCCUUCAAGGACAAGUACAAGAAGCUCUUCUUGGACGGCGUGAAGAAGGACCAAUUCUGGCGAUUCUUUGUCGGUAACUUGGCCUCGGGUGGAGCUGCCGGUGCCACGUCGCUCUUGUUCGUGUACCCGUUGGACUUCGCCCGUACCCGCUUGGGUGCUGAUGUCGGUGUCGGCAAGGAGCGCCAAUACAACGGCCUCGUUCACUGCAUCCAAACCAUCGCCAAGUCGGACGGUGUUAAGGGUCUGUACCGUGGUUUCGGUGUGUCUGUGGGAGGUAUCAUUGUGUACCGUGCUGCCUUUUUCGGUGGUUACGAUACCGCGCGUGAUGUGUUGAUCACGGACCCCAAGAACGCUCCUUUGUGGCAAAAGUGGAUCGUGGCGCAAGUCGUGACCACGUUCGCCGGUGUUUUGUCUUACCCGUUCGAUACCGUCCGCCGUCGCAUGAUGAUGCAAGCUGGCCGCAAGGAUGUCUUGUACAAGUCCACUGCCCACUGCUGGUCCAAGAUCGCGUCUGAGGAAGGCCCCAAGGCCUUCUUCAAGGGUGCUGCUUCCAACGUGAUCCGUGGUACCGGUGGUGCCUUCGUCUUGGUCUUGUACGAUGAAUUCAAGGCCUUGUUGGGCUUCCAAGGCGGUCCUUCCUCGGAAUAAUUUAUUCCCGCCUUCAUAGCGACAGAGAAUAAAUUCAACGUAGAAUGUAUUGACUUCUCCCUUGUAUA